AUGGGCGCAUGGAAGGAAAUCCGGUCUCGGUUUUUACCAGCUGUGAUCGCCAUGUUUCUCCUCCUUCAAGCUCUUUUCUUGGUGAACAUGUGCUAUCUUUACGCAACGCAGUUCCGAAGUGCCAACCGCUAUCACAAUUUCAAUGUCCUUUAUGUUGACUAUGACGGCGGUAUCAUCGGAAAGUCUGUGUCAGAUGCCUACCACCAGUUACAAGGAGAUGGGUUUCCAACCUUGCUGCUGGAAUCUUCUAAUAAAUAUCCUCAACCAGAGGAUAUUCGAGCAGCCGUAUGCCGUGGUGACUACUGGGGAGCUGUUUACACCAGUCAGGGUGGAUCAACUGGUCUGGCCUCGGCGCUAGCAAACGGGUCCCGCCCGCCGAUCUCGCUCACUUACAUCUGGAACGGGGUGAGAUACCCGGUUUUCUCACAGGCUGCAGUCUACUCCAGCAUCUUGAAACUGAUAGAAGCCACACGGUCAACAUAUCAAGCCAACAAUGGUUCUUCCGUAGCCACGUCCAUCGACCUCUCUAAUGCAGCUACCCUCGAAGCGUUCCUCAAUCCGAUCCACGUGGAUGAAAUAAACAUCAAGGGCACGGAGCAAGGGACAAGGGUCUUCUAUAAUACAGUAUCCAUGGUGAUGCCAAUCAUCCAACAGUUCUUUUUCAUCUUGGCGCUGAAUGGCAUAUCAACCCAUUUUGAUGCAUUCACCAAGUUGUCCUGGAAAGCGAACGGCCUGAUCCGCGCGAUAGCCUCUAUCCUCUACACUCUCAUGGGGGCACUGUUAAUGACUGGCUAUAUCUGGGCUUUCAGGGAGUCCUGGGGACAACAAGGAAGCCGGUUUGUGUUGACUUGGGUCAUGCUGUGGCUUCUAAUGCACAUCAACUUCCUUUUCUUCGAUAUCACGACUGCUUUCAUCCCCAUUCAGUUCAUGCCAUUUAUUGUUCUAACAUGGGUCAUUCUCAAUGUCGCCAGCACCAUCAGCCCAUUUGAGCUGAGUCCGGGUUUCUUCCGCUGGGGUUACGCUCUUCCCUCCCAUGAGGCAUACCAAGUCCUGAUACAAAUAUGGUCUGGCGGGUGCAACAAUCGGCUCUAUCGUGCCCUUCCUAUUAUGUUCUCGUGGUGGAUUAUUGGUGUCCCCAUUGCAGUGUAUGCGAUUCAAUAUCGCUGCAAAGCUGCUGUGGAUGCUCUGGAAACCUUGGACCAUCCAGGCGUGGAAAGUCAAUCCGAAGCUAAAGAUACGAUAACCAACGAGCCAGUGACGCCAGCUGGUACCUCAAGUCGGGAAUCUGAUCACAAUGGGGACUCCAUUGAGCCUAUUCCUCUUCGUCAUAUUGCCUAA